AUAAUUUUUAACAUUAUAUAAUAUUAAAUUAAUUGCACAAAAUUUAAUUAAUUAGAGUGAAAUAUAUAACAUUAAAUUUUCUCACUAAUGCUGAGAAUAUCAUAUUAAUAAACGAAAAUUAAAAUGGCAUUUUUUAAAGAGAGCUGAUUUCAGGAAGAACCUCCGAUGUCAGCGGGGAGGAUGAUUUUCUUAGUUUUGUGGCGAUUUCGCCAGUAAUCAAGGUGAAUUGAAUAGUUUGCAAUUUGAAUUUCAAAUAUGACUUCUCCUUUAAAUCGAAAACGAAGCUCUUCUGUUAGUUUUACAAGAGCUAAGAAUGGUAGUGAAGAUACUGCAGAUGAAAUUCAUAUAUCUUUAGCUCCAUAUAUACAAACAUACUUGGCACAUAGUGGACAAGGACUUGGAUGUUGUGGAAUUAGCCUUCCAGUACCAUUUGAACGUGCAGCACCAAGAUCUUGGUGGAAUCCCAGAUUUGAUUCAGAAAUAUUAGAAGAACAAUUUAAAAGAAGUGCCUUUCCACAAAUUAGAUUAAGAUUCCGGUAUGCUCUAAAAUAUAUCUUACUGGUUUCUUUAUCAUGGUUGGUAUAUUUUGUUGUAAUUGGAACAGAAUACAAUACUACAACAUGGCCAGCCAUAGUAACAGUUUUUAUUAUUGUUGGAACAAUGGUAACAGCAGUUUUGUAUCUAACAUAUACAGAUUAUUAUAAAAGUUAUGUGUUACCAAUUUCAUUAGGAGUUGCAUCUAUGCUUUGCAUUUUAUCUUUACUUUUUCUUACAUUAGUACCACCUUAUAUAGAUGGUUUAACUCUAGUCGGACAUUUUGCACUAUGUUCUGAGAUUCUAUUAUUGAUAUAUACUGUCUUACCAAUGCCACUAUAUGCUUGUGUGGGAAUAUCAAUGAUUUAUUCUUUUCUUUUUGAAUUUUUGACUGCUUAUUUAUAUGGUACAAAAAAUGCAAGAGAAAAAUUUUUUAGUGAAAAUUUUCUACUAAAUACUUCAACAGAGAGUAAUGCCACAAUAAAUUAUAGCAGAAUAUCAGCAGCUAUGUAUUCUUCUUUGAAAAAUUUUACUAACAGUCAAUUUUCUAAUGUGAUGCAUGAUAACAACGAAUCUACAACUGCAAAUGUGAAAAUGAUAUCAUAUUCACAAGAUCCAAAAAUGUUAUCUGGUUUUGGAAUGAAAUCGAAUCAAGAAAAUAUAAUUGAAAAGAUAUCUAGCGUUUUGAAUGAUACAAAUGUUUUUAAAAAUUUAAAUUCUACUAUGAUGUCAACUACUAUUAAUUCCACUAUAAAUGCUUCAUCUAAUAAUUUAAUCUCCAAAGGUAUAAACAAUAUAACUUCAAUAUUUAAAGAAAAUAUAUUAACUCAUAAAAAUGAUGACAUGUCAAACUAUUUCUUAAGUAGCAACAUAUCUAAUCAAUCAUUUUCGGAUGAUUAUUUUUCUACGAGUCUUGGAAUAAGAAUCUUAAUGCAGAUCUGCAUUCAUCUGAUAGGUAUACAUAUUUUAAUAAUGACUUUUGUAAGAAUGCGUGGUACAUUUAUGAAAGUUGGACAAUCGUUAUUAGUUCGGCGUCAACUUGAAAUGGAAAAACAACUUAAAGAGAAAAUGAUUCAUUCAGUAAUGCCGCCUAAAGUCGCAGAUUGGUUAAUGGAAGAAAGAGAAUGUGAAAGAGAACGAGAGGAUUCUUUAAAAAAAGGUUCGAUACCGUCCAAUAAUACAGAUAUUCGCUCAUUGUUUCGACCAUUUAAUAUGCAUUCAAUGGAAAAUGUUAGUAUCUUAUUUGCUGAUAUUGUUGGAUUUACACGAAUGAGUUCAAAUAAGACUGCAGAAGAAUUAGUAGGCAUUUUAAAUGAUCUUUUUGAAAGAUUUGAUGAUUUAUGUGAACAUCAUGGAUGCGAAAAAAUUUCUACAUUAGGAGAUUGUUAUUAUUGUGUAAGUGGAUGUCCAGAACCAAGAUCUGAUCAUGCAAAGUGUUGUAUUGAAAUGGGAUUAGCUAUGAUAGAAGCUAUAAAACAAUUUGAUAUUGAAAGAAGAGAAGGUGUUAAUAUGAGAGUUGGAGUACAUACUGGAACUGUAUUAUGUGGAAUUGUAGGUACUAAAAGAUUUAAAUUCGAUGUUUGGUCUAAUGAUGUAACUUUAGCAAAUAAACUAGAAAGCACAGGAAAACCAGGAAGAGUUCAUCUAAGUGAAAAGACUCUGAAUUUUCUCAAUGAUCGAUAUCUUACAGAAGAAGGAGAUUUAAUAAAUGGUAUUAAAACUUAUUUUAUUAAAGGCCGAAAAUCAGAUUUUACCAAUCAAUUUAUAAUGAAUAUAACAUCUCCGACAAGUAUAUCGCCUUUGAUGCAAUCGCGACACCGUGUGGCCUCUUGUAAUAAUCAAUCUAAAUUGAAAUAUCAUUACCUCCAUAUGGUUACUAAUACAAGUAAUUAUAGAAUGAAAGCAAACUCUUUGCCAAGUAUUCUAGAUUCCGAAAACGGAGAUACUGAUAUCACAGAUGAAAAAGAAAAUGCAAAUAAAAGUCCGAUAUCUGUUGCCAGUUAUGGAAAAAAAAAAAUACGAAAUAAACCAUGGAAAUAUUUACAACGACAACGAACUACUGAAGAAAUGACACCUCUAGAAAUGGAAGAAGCCAAAGCAAUUAUUGCCGAACAAUCAAAAACUGAAUCUCAAUCAUAUGAAGAUCGUAAUGGAUUUAGGCAGAAUACAUCUCAAAGUGAGAUUGAAAUGGAUCCAAAUCCUGUACCUUCUAGUCCUUUAUUAUCUGGUCAAGAGUCACUUAGUCGUGCCUCUUCUAUGUGCAGUAGGAAAGAUUCGGGAAUUAGAAGUAAUAGCAGACGUAGUAGUAUACAGCAACAGUUAUUUUUGAUGAACGGCAUGGCUCAAGGAGAUUUAUUGGCACAUAGAGUAAGUGGAUAUUAUACUUCUAGUUCGACAUUAAAUUCUGCUCAUGAGCCAUCGUCUUCGGUACCAUAUCCAUUUCCUCCAGCAGUUACAGAUACUUUUGGUGCAUGUUUUCAUAAAUUAAGAAAACAAUCUGAUCUACAAUUAAUUAGGUGCGUUCAAGAUAAUGUAAGUUCUCAACGAUCAUACUUCGUGAAACCACCACUUUCGAGUUUGACUCUCUUUUUCAAAAAUAAAGAAAUGGAAAAAGAAUACAGAGAAAAUGCUCACAAGGUUAAUGAAUGUAUCAGUGGAAAUCCACCUACUCUGGCUACCUCGAGAUUCAAUACAUAUUUUGAUAUUCUAAUAUCGGCAUUGAUUUACACUGCCGUCACAAUUUCACUCUUUUUACUUUGCGAUCCAACGUUAUAUUAUAUGAUCUUUUUUAUAUGUGCUACUACCAUUCAAAUUAUAGCAGUGUUACUCUGUGUUCGUCAACUCUUAUAUCCAAAUAUGGUUCAUUCAAUAUUAACACAACAAAUAUUUAAAUUUUUUUCACAAUGGUAUCCUUGGCAUAUUUGCGGUGCAAUUUUAGUCGGCUUACCAAUUACGUCUAUUUUUCUUAAUUAUACGUGUAGUAAUUUUCAUAAUUUGAAUAAUUUUGAAUACUAUUAUGGUUAUUUGAUUUUUAUUAGUUUAGUUCAUUUUUGUAAUUUUACACAACUUAAUUGUUGGAUGAAGAAUUUUUUAGUAACAUUUAUGGGUGUAUUAUUUCUUUAUUUUGUAAUGAAUCAUUUGUCAUAUGAUCAAGAAAAUCUCGGUAAUCUAUUCAUUAAUAAGACAUUAAAUUAUUCACAAUUCCCAAUAGAUAAAAAUAUUAUUGAUUUAAUCAGGAAUCAAUCUAAUGAAACCAUUAUAAAAAAAAUAUUCAAUAAUAUUCCUGAUUUCUUAUUAAAUUCUACAACUCUUGCUCUUAUAAGUCAACAAAAGACAGAAAUCAGAUAUCAUGAAAGAUUAUACAAUUCCGAGAUUUUUUUAGAUAUGAUACUUUUACUUUUGUUAGUUUGGUUUUUAAAUCGUGAAUUUGAAAUUAGUUAUCGAUUAAGUUUUCACGGAAAUGCAGUAGCUGCUCGAGAUAAAAGUCGUGUACAAUCUAUGAAAAAUCAAGCUGAUUGGCUUUUACAUAACAUUAUACCAAAAUAUGUUGCUGAUCAAUUAAAAACCACUGCUAAAUAUUCACAAAAUCAUAAAGAUGUGGGAAUUAUUUUUGCAAGCAUAGUAAACUUUAACGAACUUUAUGAUGAGUCUUAUUUGGGUGGUAAAGAAUAUUUGCGUGUGCUUAAUGAACUCAUUGGUGAUUUUGACGAAUUAUUAGAAAAACCGGAAUUUUCAAAUGUAGAAAAGAUAAAAACUAUUGGUAGCACAUUCAUGGCAGCAAGUGGUUUAAAUCCACAAGUUAGACAACAAAAUGAACAUGAAUAUAAACAUCUGUUUCAAUUAAUAGAUUUUGCUAUGACAUUGCAUAAAGUAAUAAAUGAUUUCAAUCGAGAUUUAUUAGGUUUUAAAUUAAUUUUGAGAAUUGGCUUUAAUUAUGGCGAUGUAACUGCUGGUGUAAUCGGAGCAACGAAGCUAUAUUAUGAUAUCUGGGGUGAUGCUGUAAAUAUAGCAUCUAGAAUGGAUUCGACUGGAGUCGCUGGAAGAAUACAAGUGGCCAAGAACGUUUUAGAUGUUCUUUCGGAACGAUAUGAAUUCGAACCACGUGGUCAAGUUUAUGUUAAGGGAAAAGAUAAUAUGGAUGUAUUUUUAUUAAUAGGGAAAAAAGACGAUAUUAAUAUAACAACGAACACUUAAACAUUUUCAGGUCUCUAAUAGUGAUGUUGAUUCUUUAUAAAAUUAAAAUUAAUCGUUUGCAUGUUACACUUAUAUCAAGCAUAUGAUCUUUUUGGGAUCAGAUUUCUAGCGAUCUCGUUAAGAAUUAUACAAAUUUAUGAUAUAAUGUGUUAUCAACGUUAUACACGAUAAAAACGUACCUUAAUUCUUUAAUUGCUCGCUCAUUAAAGAUAUUUAUUCUUAACAAAACAAUUAACUGUAUUUUUUUACGUAAUUUAAGAACAUCAGAUGUGUGUGAGACCUAUCAAAAUCUAUCGUUAUAAAAGUACAAAAUCAAAUCAAUUUGAAAAAAUCAAAUUUUUUCUUAAUAAUUCUUGCGAAAAAUCUAUCGAGACAAAUAUAAUACGCAUCUUCAUUGUUUGUGUGCUGAAUGAACGAACGUAUGAACGAUGCGAAUGAGCGGAUAAACAUAAAAUGACCGAGUUUGGUCAUCGUCAACAGUUCCUAGUAUAAAAUAUGCGACUUAUAUAUUAGACAACUAUUAAUUAUUUCAAAGUAUAAAAAGCUUUCUAAUGUUUUAUUAAUUCUAUCGAUUCAUAUGAGAUUAUAUAGCUUAUUUCAUAUCAUGAGUAAUUAAUCAGAUUUAUUUAUAUUACAAUUUAAAUAUGAAAAUAUAUCAAAUUAUUUGUGAAGUAGUAAAUAAUAUUAUAAUAAAAUGCCUCAAGUUUCAAAACUUUUUUUAAGACUUUGGUCGAAAAUUGAUGAAGUUUAUAUACUUAUUUUAAUUAAGAAUAAUUAUUCAAUAUUGUUUCUCAUUAAUUUUUCGCAUAGUAUAUGUAAGAUUUCUGUUUUAAGAUCACUAUAAUUCUCGAAAAUUUAGUACUCA